ACCAACGGAUAACUGUGCACUCUGGCAGUCAGCAUACGAAUGGCCGAGUAAAACCAAGAAGUGCUGCGCCGAGGAGCCUUGAACCAAUACAGAAGGCAUCCGCAACGGUAAAUUCUGGAAGCGAUUCCGUAUUGCACACAAGUUACUUGCGCAUAUGAAUGAAACAGUCGCGGCUUUCUGUAGCCAAACGAUGCGCUCGUGUUGACGGUGAGUGUCGGGGCCACUUUGGAGCGCUAAAAUGUUUCGGACCGCCAGAUUUGCUCUUGUGCUUUUGUGUAGUGCACUUGCAGGAGCUCAAGAUGACUCCCUUGCAGGAAGCUUUCUUUCAGGCCUUUUGGAUACUAUCACCAGUACUGCCGAUGCAAAAGACUGUCCAGGAAAGUGCGUUCAUGCCAUAGCGACAAUUAUAUGUUACGAUGUACUGGAAGAUGUAGUUUGUCCGUCAUCUUCUAUGAAAUGUUGCGUAGAACCUCCCGCUCCCAAUUCUACAGAAAAAGUCCCCCUGAAUACGUCUAUGCCUAAUCAAACCAUCAUAGUUACAACGACGACUGAAAAAACAACAACAAGUAGUACAACAAUUUCAACAACGACAAAUACCUCAAAUCAGGCAACUUCCGAUGACAAGAUUAAACGAAAGAAUUCUAACGUGACGAAAGAAGAGCCUGCUUCAGUGAACGCUUGUCCUGGAGUAUGCGUAGCCGAACGCAUAGCCGAUUACUGCGAAGCUAUUUUACCAACCGAAGACCUUUGUAAACCGAACCUCAAAUGCUGCAUGUCUAGCGACGCUUUCGGCGAUAAAAUUCCACCGAAUUUAAUAAUCCCUAGUAAAACGAAAACUAAUUAUACCAGAACGGAAGUGCUAACGACAACCCCGAAACCGUUAAGUUUGGAAAAACAGACAUCCUCAUUAAGACCACCACUAAAACCAUGCAAAGGAGAAUGUGUCAGUGGUUUAUUCGCGCUUUUCUGCGAUGACAUAGAUACAGAAGCGGAGUGUCCUUCAGAAGGCAGCUGUUGCAUCACAACGCCUAGCGAAGAAACGAUAACUACGACAAGCCCAAGACCUACAACACCUGAUCCUGGGCCGGGUUGCCCGGGUUUUUGCCUUCUCAACAUAAUGGCCGCGUUUUGCCAAAGACCGUCAGUUCUAAUACCUCACACCUUGAACUGUAAAAGAGGAUCGGUCUGUUGCGACAAUACGAGAGCUGCAGUGACAGUAUCAAAACCAAAACCGCGCCCACAUCAACCUCCUCUAACUACCACCACCACAACGAUGGACCCCAGAAAUGAGUGUCCCGGGUCAUGCAUUGUGUCGUACCUGAGUUUCACCUGUUUUCGUAACGCGGAAAUGACCGAAAUGUUUAAGUGUCGGAAGUCCGGAACGAAAUGUUGCGCCCCCAAAUCGUUGAUAAAGGAAGCACUCGGUCAGAAAGAAAACUCCAGUAAUCUGAGUACUCAACCUAGUAUAGACCACACAACUGCCGUUGUUCCCGAUACUUCACAAACUUUAGAAUCGACGAAAGCUAUAUCAACGACGUCGAAACCUCCGAUGUACAGUAAAUAUGUCUGUGGGGUUAAGGGCACCUCAAGAACUGGUAGAGUUGUUGGAGGUGAAGAUGGUGAGCAAGCUGAAUGGUGUUGGCAAGUUGCUUUAAUUAAUUCUCUCAAUCAGUAUUUAUGUGGAGCUGCUUUAAUCGGAACGCAAUGGGUGCUAACGGCUGCUCACUGCGUCACAAAUAUUGUCCGCUCAGGAGAUGCAAUCUACGUACGAGUGGGCGACCAUGACCUGACUCGGAAAUAUGGUAGUCCUGGCGCGCAAACAUUGCGAGUGGCCACAACGUACAUCCAUCAUAAUCAUAACAGUCAGACUCUAGAUAACGAUAUCGCUCUUCUCAAACUUCACGGGCAAGCCGAGUUAAAAGAAGGAGUUUGUUUAGUUUGUUUACCGGCUAGAGGCGUCAGUCACGCGGCCGGAAAACGAUGUACAGUUACAGGCUACGGUUAUAUGGGAGAAGCCGGUCCUAUUCCACUCAGAGUUAGAGAAGCGGAAAUUCCCAUAGUGAGCGACGCCGAAUGUAUUCGAAAAGUUAACGCAGUCACUGAGAAAAUAUUCAUAUUGCCGGCAAGUAGUUUCUGCGCAGGCGGCGAAGAGGGCAAUGACGCAUGUCAGGGUGAUGGUGGAGGGCCAUUGGUAUGUCAAGAUGAUGGCUUCUAUGAACUUGCUGGUUUAGUCUCAUGGGGUUUCGGUUGUGGUCGAGUAGAUGUUCCAGGCGUAUACGUAAAAGUUUCAUCUUUCAUUGGGUGGAUUAAUCAGAUAAUUAGUGUUAAUAACUUUCAGUGAUUGUUUACAAAAAUACCAAACAAAAAACAUUUUCUUAAACUGAUUAUUUAUUCUGCCUGAUUUUUAUUUCAAAUGUAAAUAUUGAACGACAAAAAAUCAUAAAUUGUUACCAAAUAAGUACUAACAUAUUAAUUAACUGU